AUGGAAAGUGCUUCCUAUAAAAGCGGAUUCCUGAGCAUCGGCGAUAUCCAUACUGCUCUCGACAUGAAUCCGAUUAAGCUGAGCCUCUGCCUGGCCCUCCUGGCCGCCUGCGCCACCGCAGACACUCGCUCCCACGCCCACGGAGGAUUCGUAGGACACGCUGGACCCUCCUUCGGAGCGACCCAUGGACACGGCGGUUCCUUUGCGUCUGGACACGGCGCCUCGCACGGAGGAUCCUUUGGGCGUGGAGUAGGCGGCCACGGAGGGGCGGUGGCCGUAGGACACAGCGUGUCCAGCGGUCCCGUCUACGGCGGCGGCCAUGGCGGCUCCUUCAGCGGAGGACUUCGUCCCAGCAUUGGACACGGCGUUUCAAGCGCCAACAUCCACGCCAGCUCCUUCGGCAGCCACGGCGUGCAUGGAGGCUCGUUCUCACGCCCUCAUGUCUCACGCCCACAUGUCGUCUCACGCCCCCAUGUCAUCUCACGCCCACACUCUAGCUUCUCUUCAGGCUUCAGCAGCACCCACGGAGGCGCUGUCGUUGGACAUCAUGGCGCUCCCAUCAGAUACGGAAAAUAA